GCCAUCAUCUUUGGUUCCCUGCUUCUGGUGGCCGCCUUGGUCUUCUGGGCCGUCAUUGCCGUGGAGGUCCUACAUCCUAUCAUCUCGGUCCUCCCCUAUCCAGACUGUCGAAACUGUUCCGCCGGAUUCAGCGGCAUCUUCGCCGCGACAGUUACUCUUUUCCAGCAGAUGGUCAUGGGAGAUGCAUGGGGCGCGAUUUCUUUGCCGCUCAUUGAGGCAGCCCCGUGGACUUUCCCCGUGCUCUUUGUGAUGAUGAUGACGGUCUCUCUGGGUGCCAUCCUCGCCGUGAUAGUCGAGCGGGCUGCGCAGGGGCGGGACAAGGACCAGGAGCGAAAGAUCAAGCAAAAGGAGGAGGAGAGGUCGAAGAACAUGAUCGACCUGGCCGUGCUAUGUGCCACGAUGGAUGAAGACAACAGUGGAUCGCUCUCCCUGGUAGAGAU